CCCAAUACAUAGCCACUAGCCAGUAAUAUAUUAUUCUCAGUGCGAAAAAGUGAAUUAUUUGAAUUUUAUUAAAAAAAUAUAAUGGUGCAAAACAUGACGUAUAAAAUAUUAUAACCACGUAUACUUUGUUAUUAUUUAAUUAGGUAUAUAUCUAUUGUUAAAUAGUGUACUCGUAGUGCAUAGCGCAAUAGCGAGCAGCGUCUCAAAUAGUCGAUUGUCAUUUAUAUUCUAUGUGAUUUAUUCAAAUAUUAUUUAAACUAUGUAUGUAUUUCGAACCGUUGUGUGAAGUUAUUGUAACAGGAAGUACACUGGCCAGUCUACGCUCCACAACCACAUUUGUCAGUCGUUAAAUCAUGAUGCAUAAUAUAUUAUGGAUAUUAGAUUCUUGCUUGGGAAAAUCCCAUCCGUGGACCUUAUAUAUAAGGCACUCCACGUCCAAUGAACCAUCACAGUAGAAACCUGAAGAUUUCUUGUCAGUUUUUCAUCGUCUGCUAAACUCGUCUUGUGAAAAACACUAUACACUCAUCACUAGCCAACAAUCAACAUGAACCGUCUGUCAAUUGUUAUGGUUAUUGCAUUUGUCAGUUACUCACUGGGUGCACCGGAAAACAUUGAAUCGCACAGUGCAGACAUAAAUCAUGACUUAGAGCACAGCAGUGACCAUGAACUUGAGAAACAGAAUGGAUAUGGAGACGGAAAUGUAAACAGUGAUCAAUUUCCAAUACAUGAUUGUUCUAGAAAAGGAAAUUUAAUUUUGAUGCCUCACCGUGAUCGAAAGCCAAAAAAUCGUGAAGCAAUGUGUGAUGCAUUGUGUAGAGUAGCUUGUGUUUCGGGAUUUGAAACAAGUGAAUGUUUUCAAUGUAUAAUUAAUGUUUGUCUAGAAAAAAACUUUGAUAUAGUUAAAUUUUAAAAUGUAUGUAUAUUUAGGAUUUUAAAUAUACAAUUUUUGUGAAUUUAUUUGUAUACGAAGAAUGCAAUAAUGUAGUCAAUUAAUUUAAUUUUAUGCAAUUUGAUUGAAGAAAUCAUGAUAAUUUGUACUGAGAUGUAUGCAAAUUAAAUUUGAUACAUUUUUGUUUAUGUAAUUCUGUAUAUUAUAUUAUA